AUGUUCUAUACACAUGCUAUUUUGACCAAACGUGGUCCAUUAGCUCGUCUAUGGCUUGCUGCACAUUGGGAUAAAAAGCUAACAAAAGCACAAAUCUUUGAAACUGACAUACGGCUUAGUUGUGAAUCAAUCCUUGAACCAUGUUUAAAACUAGCAUUGCGCACAAAAGGACAUCUACUACUUGGAGUUGUACGAAUAUAUUCACGCAAAACAAAAUAUUUACUAGCUGAUUGUAAUGAAGCUUUUAUUAAAAUUAAAAUGGCAUUUCGACCUGGUAUUGUUGGUAUUGACGGAAGUAAUAAUCAUAAUAAUCCAGAUGCCGAUACAAGAGAGGUUUCGAUUGCUGCAAUAACUUUACCAGAGAAUUUUCAUGAUUUUGAUUUAAUUGAUCUUAAUAUUGAUUAUAUUGAUGAUCCAUCUCGAUUUCAAAUUCAUCAAGCACGUGCGGAAGAAAUUACAUUAAAAGAAGAUUUCGUUAGUGUACCUAUGCCACUCGAUGAUAAUUUUGGUGAUACUGAUGAAAUUGAUGAACCAGAAUUCUUCCGUAAAUUUCAACGAUCACCACGUAGUAAUCGACAAACUUCACAUAUGGAUUUAGAUAGUACAAAUAUACGUAAAGAUCACAGUAUUGCGCGACCAUUCAAUGAUGAUCCAUUUGCUUUAGAUGGAUUUGGCGAUUCUGCUGCACCUCCUUCAGUAAUCGGUAUUGGUGGUGAUAAUUCCAAUUUAUCGAAUGAAAAAGAUCAAUACGAUCAUGUUAUGUCACCAUUUCAUCAAGAUGAAAAUGCACCUGAAAUACCAUUAAUUAAUGACAAUGAACCACAAACUCGUGAACAGAAUCAAGCUAAUGAUGAAAAUCGUAUGGAUAUUGAUGCCACAAGUGAAGGUUUACAACGAAUUCCAGGUGCUGAUGAUACUACACUUCUAUCGAAUGUUUCCGAUGAAUUUAUUCUACCGCCUAUAUCAACAACUGCACAAACACCUGCAGCUCGACAAGCAAUAAAACGUAAACGGAAAUUAAUUGUCGAUGAAGUCAAAGAAAUCGAUAGUGGCUCAAUGAAAACACAAUUAAGUGAUACAACAGAUAUUGUGGGCGUACUUGAAUUAGCACCGCCAACACGUCGUUUAAUGCAUUUAAAAGAAACCGGUGGAAUCGAAAAAUUAUUUUCUCUCAGUGCUACAUCUAUGUAUUCAAAAUCAAUGCAACAGUUAUUUACGCGUAAUCUGGUGACAAAACCAUUAGAUCAAAUGCCACCUGAUAACUAUCAAAUUCAACAUGAUCUUGCUAUGGAACGCCUUGAACGUGACAAAGAUGAAUCAUCGAUUGAUUAUAUGCGUGGUGCACAUCAUCAUUAUCUAGAAUUUUUAGGCCCUGAUCCAUCUAAUAAUUCACCAAAUCGUUCGAAAAAGCGUAGUUUAUCGCCAUUGAAUGAGUCCAAUAUUGACAAACGUCAACGGCUCGAUGGCUUUUUACCAGAUGAUUCAUUAUUUUUUCCACCAAUGACAACAUCAAUGGAUAAUCUAAUGGAUGUUAUACCUGCACCAAUGUCUCCAACACGAAAAAGUGGACGUAAAGUUCAUGAACUUAAUCAAAUGCCAUUAUCACCAUCGCGCACUCCAGUAAAUUCACGUCGUAAAAAAGGAGUAGGGAAUUUAGCGAAAGAAAAUCAAGAAGAACAAGAAGACGACGAUGAAGAACAUGGACAAACGACAACAGCUCAAGAAGAUUUUGAAUCGGGUAAAAAAUUGAAUCGUCGUGCAAAAAUAAUGCUCAAUGCGUUUGAACGUGCAUUCGAUACAGCCGAUGGACUUUCAUUUCAUGACCAUUUGUCAUCGGGCAAUCCAAAUUAUCAUACGAGAAAGUUAACAGCACAAAAAUUUUAUACAUUAUUGGUAUUGAAAAAAUUACAAGCAGUAGAUGUUGAACAGAACCAAGCAUUUGAAGAUAUAACAGUAACACCUGGUGUGAAUUUUCAUCAGUACGUAACAAGUGGUGGAAGAUGA